AUUUAACGUUUCGUUUGGAACUGUGGCUAUCACUGGAGCAGUGCUCUUCUAUGGCUUCGUUUAAGUCCGGUGGAAAAUUACGUCGGAAAUGAUUAACACUAGUUUAUUUGCAAUUUCGGUAGUUUCCUUGUCACACCUUUCCGUAUUGGCAGCACCGCCUGUAAUAAGAGUUGGUGCCUUAUUUCCCAAAGCCCAUGGGAAAGAGAGUUACUCAGAGUUGGUUUUCAGAUAUGCGGUGCAUAGACUUAAUCGGGAUAAAAGCCUCUUGCCAGAGACAACACUCAUCUAUGACAUUGAAUAUGUCAGCCAAUAUGACUCCUUCCAAACGGUACAGAAAGUUUGCAGUCUUGUGCGAACCGGAGUUCAGGCUUUGUUUAGUCCCACGGAUUAUGUCCUAUCCACACAUAUCAAUUCUAUAUGCGAUGCUCUUGAUAUACCAGAUAUAGGUAGAUCACCCCAAGACUUUUCGAUCAAUGUACAUCCCUCGCAGCAAUAUGUGAAUCAUGCCUUUGUCGAUGUCAUUCGUUAUCUCAAUUGGACUAAAUUCGGUAUACUCUACGAAAAGGAAUAUGGUAUUGUUAAUUUACAUCAAUUGUCGCGUUCGGUUCAGGCGGAAGUUCACAUACGCCAAGUAUCCCGUGCGGCAUAUUUAUCGGUAUUGAAUGAGUUCAAGAAUAAGGAAAUCCAUAAUAUAAUUAUUGAUACAAAUUCGGCUGGGAUUUCCAUAUUAUUGAAAAAUAUUCUGCAACAGCAAAUGAAUGAGUAUAAAUAUCAUUAUCUAUUCACAAGUUUCGAUUUGGAGACAUUUGAUUUGGAGGAUUUUAAAUAUAAUUUUGUCAAUAUAACAGCGUUUCGUCUGGUCGAUGUAGGUGAUGUUGCUGUCAAGGAAAUUCUAAAGGAUAUAGAAACAUAUGGUCGUCAUAUUUAUCAACGUAAUGAUACCAAUGAGCAUUUGAGAAAGAAAACCAUUGAGACGGAACCGGCUCUGAUGUUCGAUUCGGUUUAUGUAUUUGCGAUUGGAUUGCAGACCCUGGAACAAUCUCAUACACUCUAUCUGUCAAAUUUAACAUGCGAUGAUGAAACACCCUGGAAUGGAGGUCUCAGUUUAAUAAACUAUAUAAAUGCGGUUGAGUGGAAAGGACUGACUGGGCCCAUACAAUUUAAAGAAGGCCAACGAGUGGAAUUCAAAUUGGAUUUAAUCAAACUGAAACAACAUUCCAUUGUUAAGGUGGGCGAAUGGACACCCCAAGAUCAUUUAAACAUCACAGAACCCUCAUUAUUCUUUGAGGCUGGUUCCAUGAAUGUCACUUUGGUGGUUAUAACCAUAUUGGAAACACCUUAUGUGAUGAUGCAUUAUGAAAAAAAUUAUACAGGCAAUGAACGUUUCUAUGGCUUCUGUGUGGAUAUAUUAGAAAGAAUCUCGCAUGAGGUUGGUUUUGAUUAUAUAUUGGAUUUGGUGCCAGAUCGCAAAUAUGGAGCCAAAGAUCCCGAAACUGGUCAAUGGAAUGGCAUGGUAGCCCAACUAAUGAAAUAUAAAGCCGAUUUAGCUGUUGGCUCUAUGACCAUAACAUAUGCCCGUGAAAGUGUCAUUGAUUUCACAAAACCCUUUAUGAAUCUUGGCAUAAGUAUAUUAUUUAAAGUACCCACACAAGAGCCAACAAGAUUGUUCUCAUUCAUGAAUCCGUUGGCCAUUGAGAUUUGGAUAUAUGUAUUGGCUGCCUAUCUAAUGGUAUCGCUUAGUAUCUAUAUUGUGGGCAAAUUAUCGCCAAUCGAAUGGCGAACAACGCAUCCAUGUGAUUUAGAUAAUAUAACAUUGAGUAAUCAAUUCUCAUUGGCGGAUAGCUUUUGGUUUACCAUUGGCACAUUGAUGCAACAGGCAUGCGAUGUCUAUCCGAGGGCCAUGUCGACACGGAUUAUAAGCAGCAUUUGGGGUUUCUUUUCAUUGAUCAUUGUUGCAUCGUAUACAGCGAAUUUGGCAGCAUUUCUUACCACCGAACGCAUGAUAAACCCCAUUGAGAAUGCUGAAGAUUUGGCGAGUCAAACAGAAAUAUCGUAUGGCACAUUAGAGAGUGGUUCAACAAUGACAUUCUUUCGCGAUUCCAUGAUCGAAACAUAUAAGAAAAUGUGGCGUAGCAUGGAUAAUAAAAGGCCAUCGGCAUUCACAACCACCUAUGAAGAUGGCAUCAAUCGCGUUAAUCAAGGCAAUUAUGCCUUUUUAAUGGAAUCGACCAUGCUGGAUUAUAUAGUGCAGAGAAAGUGUAAUCUAACUCAAAUUGGUGGACUUUUAGAUACAAAAGGCUACGGCAUAGCCACACCCAAGGGUUCACCCUGGCGAGAUAAAAUGUCCUUGGCCAUAUUGGAGUUACAAGAGAAGGGUGACAUACAAAUGCUCUAUGAUAAAUGGUGGAAAAAUACCGAAGAGACUUGCACACGUAAAAGUACUAGCAAACAAUCGAAAGCAAAUGCAUUGGGCCUAGAGAGUAUUGGUGGAAUAUUUGUGGUUCUAAUUGCUGGCGUCACUGUGGCCAUGAUUGUGGCAUUCUUUGAGUUCUGGAUACAUUUUCGCCAACAAACGAAAGCCAUGCCGUCGCCCAUUGUGGAGAAGGCAACCUGUCAGAGUCUCACCGAUGGCGGUCAAGUUGACCAUAAUUGGAUUUAUAUGCCACCGUUGCGUUCGGUUUGGAUUGAAAUGUUUGAGGAGUUGCGUUUUGCAUUUUGGUGUACGAAUAAACGACAUAGACCCGAAUUGAGUCGCUUCUGCAGUGAAUGUCACAUAAAGCAGACACAAAUUCAUAUUACUAAUAAUGAUACAGAUCAAAAGCUUAAUAAAUAACACAGGCCAACCUGA